CCCGUGAGCAAGUCGUCGCUCGAUCUCGCUCUGUCGAUCGAGUCCGGUUGUGGAAGCCAUUUUAUUCUUGUGAAUUUGACAAAUUAUUUUUGGAAUUUUCGUAUGCAGUUAUAGUGUCAAUGUGUGCCUGUUUCGAUCGAGUGUCUUUUGUAACGUGUGAUUGUGCACUAAAUAGAAUGUACGAGUUUCAAAUCGGUUUGUGUUGACCUGCCCCGUUUCUUACGCGGUCGCAGGCAGGCAUCGAUUAGUGCAACAAACAAGGCGGCCUCUAAUAACGGCGAGUCGAGGCUUUGGACUAGUUUGUGGUGUGCGCCAUGGGCAAUAAUGCUGCCACCGCUAACAAGAAGGUGGACGCCGCCGAAAGCGUCAAGGAGUUCCUCGAUCAGGCCAAAGAAGAUUUCGAGGAGAAAUGGAAGAAAAAUCCUACCAACACCGCCGGACUGAAUGAUUUCGAGCGGAUAAAAACUCUCGGCACAGGCUCCUUUGGCCGGGUUAUGAUAGUCCAACACAAACCGACAAAAGAAUAUUAUGCUAUGAAAAUAUUAGAUAAGCAGAAAGUGGUAAAAUUGAAGCAGGUAGAGCAUACACUUAACGAGAAACGUAUCCUGCAGGCUAUCAAUUUCCCGUUCUUGGUGAGCCUCAAGUUCCAUUUCAAGGACAACUCUAAUUUGUACAUGGUGUUGGAGUACGUGCCCGGUGGUGAGAUGUUCUCGCACCUACGUAAGGUAGGUCGAUUCUCAGAACCGCACUCACGUUUCUACGCGGCACAGAUCGUGUUAGCCUUCGAAUACCUUCACUACCUCGAUCUCAUUUAUCGGGACCUGAAGCCCGAGAACUUGUUGAUCGACUCGCAGGGCUACCUGAAAGUGACUGAUUUUGGUUUUGCGAAGCGUGUCAAGGGUCGUACGUGGACAUUGUGCGGUACUCCCGAGUACCUCGCCCCUGAGAUCAUCCUCUCCAAAGGAUACAAUAAAGCUGUGGACUGGUGGGCGCUCGGUGUCCUCGUGUACGAAAUGGCCGCUGGAUACCCGCCUUUCUUUGCAGACCAACCCAUACAGAUCUAUGAGAAAAUUGUAUCCGGUAAAGUGCGUUUCCCGUCACACUUUGGUUCAGAUCUGAAAGAUCUCUUACGCAAUCUACUGCAGGUAGACUUGACGAAGCGUUAUGGCAAUUUGAAGGCGGGUGUGAAUGACAUCAAAGGCCACAAAUGGUUUGCGAGCACUGACUGGAUAGCUGUUUUCCAGAAAAGGAUUGAGGCACCAUUCAUUCCGCGCUGCAAGGGUCCCGGUGACACUAGUAACUUUGAUGAUUAUGAGGAGGAGGCGCUGCGUAUCUCAUCAACUGAGAAGUGUGCGAAGGAGUUUGCCGAGUUCUGAGCGCAUAGUUGGUGCCUGCGAGCGGACACUACCGUGAGUAGGUGUUUUGUAUUAGUGAAUCUUCCGUGACAAUGUGGUCGUGGAAUGGUGACGAGUGCAUCUGAAUGCCAGCUGCUUUGGGUGAUCAUAGACGCUGAAGCGGCCCCGAGUUGGCACUCUAGAUGAAUCAGUUGGAGUGUAAGCGAGAUGUUUGUAGUACUGAUUUCCGAUAUUUCGGUGGCGUUCAUUUGCUUAGUGCCCUUUCAAGUUGACGUAUAAUAGACCAGGUAGGAGUUGAAGUGAUCCUUGUACUGAUGAUAUUCCCCAAAACAAUUAAGUCACUCAUACACUCAUCAGAGCCUCUUAGUGUCUGAUAUUGAAUUUCAUUUUCUACAAUAUGUAACAGAAUUAACAUAUUUGUAUUAUAUGUACUCAUAUUAGAAAAACUUUGUUUCUUGCUUAGCCCAAUUCUACAUUAAAAUAUAUAUUAUGUCGCAAAUAUAGA